CGUCAACCUCGCCAAGAUGUCGGCCAUGGAGAUCAACGGUGGCUCGGUCAUCGCCAUGCUCGGCAAAGACUGUGUCGCCAUCGCCUGUGACCUCAGACUGGGCAACCAAGCGCUCACAGUGGCUUGCAAUCAAGAGAAGAUCUUCAGUAUCACCCCUACCACCUACCUCGGCCUGCCCGGCCUAGCAUCAGACACAUUGACAGUCUACGAGAAGCUGCGGCAUCGGACCAACAUGUACGCCAUGAGAGAGGACAGGCUCAUCACACCGACGACGUUCACCCAUCUCGUCAGCUCGACGCUAUACGAACGGAGAUUCGGGCCAUACUUUAUCGAGCCCAUCAUCGCCGGACUCGAGGCAGACGGCACGCCUUUUGUCGCGACGACAGAUCUGAUCGGCUGCAUAAACGCUGCAAAGGACUUUGUUGUCGCAGGGACGGCGAGCGAGAAGCUAUACGGCAUGUCGGAAGCCUUGUGGGAGCCCGGACUCGACGCGGAAGCGCUCUUCGAGACGAUCGGACAAGCGCUACUCAAUGCUGUCGACCGUGAUGCCUAUUCAGGCUGGGGUGCUGUCGUCUACGUGAUCGAGAAGGAUAAAGUCACCAAGCGAACGCUCAAAGCCCGGAUGGACUAGAGCGCACCCUUCUGUAGCAGCAUGCAUCUAAAGUGUGGUGUAUAAUCUAGCCGUGUCGCUCCGUGUCACGCGUGUCUACUUGAACGUAUCUCUUCCUCUUGCGUCCUUCUUCGUCCAGAUGGAGACGCUGCUCGCCGGACAGUGAAAGUCACCCCAUCCAUCGUCGCCGAUCGUGACUGUACCCUGAUGCCAUCCGAGCACAUCGGUCCAUUCUUCUCCCUUUUGACCUGAAGUCUGCAUGUGUUUCUCGCCCUCGUCACCGUUGCUCACAAUC